AGAAAAAGCAAGAAAAACAAAGAGUCGCGAGAAGGAGAUCAAAAAAAGUCGAUAAAAACAGAUUGAAAGAAGGCUCCGGACAAGCGGCUGCUGCGCAUCAAAGGAGGGACCGUACUGGGGACCUUAUUGGAGACCAGCGCCAACAAAUCCCGACUCCGGAGGCGGAAUAUAACGGUGACACUCCAGAGCUCCUCUGCCCUCCUGAGGAUUCAGUGAGACAGGCGGAUCUGUGUGCCCGACCAUGGCCUUCCCAUCAGCCCCCUCAGCAUUAUGGAGUGUCAUCUUAUUGACAGUACUAUUCGCAGCUGCGGUUCACAGCAACAUUGACUACAUCUACGACCCCUUGCAGCCAACGACCACAGAUGAGAUGGUGUCCGUGGGGGGGACGGUGACACUGACCUGCACGGUGCCUGAGAGCGAUAACUCCUCACUGCAAUGGUCCAACACUGCACAGCAGACCCUCUACUUUGGAGAGAAGAGAGCGCUGAGGGAUAACCGCAUCCAGCUGCACCGCUCGACACCUACCGAGCUUUCCAUAACCAUCGCCGACGUGCAGCUGUCCGAUGAAGGCGAGUACACCUGCUCCAUCUUCACCAUGCCGGUCCGCACCGCCCGAGCUACAGUCACCGUGCUAGGUGUGCCCGGUAAACCUCAGAUCUUGGGCUCUGAGAGUGCAGUGCCGGAGGGGGGCAAAGUCACCCUGACCUGCACCAGUACAGGCAGCAAACCCCCUGCCACGUUGCGCUGGUUCCGAGACGACCAGGAACUGGAAGGACGCCCAGACGUGGUGGAGUCCGUUCCAGACGAUCCCACAUACAACGUGAGCAGUGAGCUCACCCUCGAGGUGACCCGCAGUGACGACAACGCCCUCAUCACCUGCGCUGUCGACCAUCCCUCUCUCGCCCCCGGGGACAAGAGGAGCGAACACGCUCUGCGGGUGUUGUAUUCCCCUAACGUGGAGAUCGUGCCUCAGAAUGAUCUGCCCAGAGAGGGGGAGAAGUUUCAUCUUCUGUGUAAGGGCAACGGCAACCCCGAGCCCUCCACCUACUCGUGGGAGAAGAAGGAUGGAGAGCUCCCCCCGCUGGCCAAAGCCGACGGUGCUUACUUGCGUUUCGAGAUGCUCAACAAAUCAGAUAAUGGCGUCUACCUCUGCCAUGCCGACAACGGCAUAGGAAAAAGCCAGGGGGAGUACACACUCCUGGUGCAAGACACCAACUCCCCUGACUCCCCAGAUACCACAUUAUCUUUCCUUGACUCUCCAACUUCUCCAUAUUCUUCCUCCUCCUCCCUCCCACCCUCCUCUCCUCCUGACACCUUCUCUGGCUCCGGUGCUGAUCCCACUUCCUCUUCUCCUGACCUCACCUCCCCCGACUCCUCCCCCUCUCCCGCCCCCUCCAUGGCCGACACGUCAGCCACUGUCUCCGAAAUCUCCACCACCACCCUCUCCAAUCUCCUCUUCCCCGACUUGCUCUCUCCUUCCUCCUCCCCAACUCCUCCCUCCUCAGCAAGCAUCACACCCUCCGCCACCGACCCCUCCCCCUCCCCCUCCCCCCCUACUCCCUCCGUCUCCGUCCGGCUGCAUGGAGUUUACACUUUCACAGACAUCCAACAAUCCAUCUACUCAUCCACUUGAGAAGAUGGUGCAGAGAACAUUACAGACCCCACAGCCAUGUCGACCUCUUCGGGGGUGGACCACGCGGUGAUCGGAGGGGUGGUGGCUGUUAUCGUCUUCAUCCUGCUCUGCCUCCUCAUUGUCCUCGGCAGAUACCUCAUCAGACACAAAGGAACGUAUCUGACCCACGAGGCCAAGGGCUCGGACGACGCCCCCGACGCGGACACGGCCAUCAUCAACGCAGAGGGAGGCCACUCUGGAGCAGAGGACAAGAAGGAGUACUUCAUCUAGACAGAGGACGGGAGCGGUGGAGGAAAGGAGGGGGGGAGGAGAAAAAGCUGGAGGACGUGGACUAGAGGAGAGGGGAGGAGUGAAGGGGAUAAAAAAACCUCCAUUUGUUUUCACGACGCUUCAGUUCUUCACUCGGUUGGAGGGAUGAUGGGAGGGGACGGUAGGGAAAGAACUGUGGGCAGGAUCAAGCAGUGAGUCGAGCUUCAGCUGGUACUACCCUCUUUCACAUUGAUACAGGGAAGUGAGAUUUUGCACUGACAUACAGAUGAACUGAAGUUACACACACAAACACACACACAAACAUGCAUACAUGAGUCAGUUUUCGGGGGAAAACUCCUCACACACAGACUUGAAUGCUCGUAGAUGCUCAGAUUAACAAACGCGAGCCUCCUACUCUACUAACACGUCUGAAAAUAUCUCUGAAUGACACAUUAACACAUUUUUACACACGCAUCGUAUCCUACUUCUAACUGUCAGCGCCUCGAAAAAGCAAAAUUGUAACUCACAUUCCGGCAUCCCUGAGCUGAUACUUCACUUCUCGCACCUCAUCUCCUCCACACUGAAACCAAACCAGCUCUGUCUUUUCACGUUUUUGUCCUCAUUCUUUCCAUCUAACAAGGCGGUAUCCCUCUGCAAACAUUUGAGUGGCAGAGAAAUCCAUCCAAAGCAAAUUACUACUGACGAACAUAAUCUCCCUCUCUCACAGUUUAAUCUUUUUAUGCCAUCAAACCUCUUCCUGCGUCCACACAAGCCCCCAGUACAAGCCGUUGAAUUUCCAACAAUGCAGCACCACACAACAUGCAACACUCAUGCAAAAAUAGCAUUCCCGCCUUGCGCUACCAAGCUGAGGGGCUCCAGUAUACAUAUAUAAAUAUAUAUAUAGAAUUAUAUAGCAUUCUUUUUACUUGACAGAAAAUGUUUGGUGUGCUGUAAAUACACUCUUUCUCUCUCUCUCUCUGUCUGUCCUCUCUCCCUCUAUCCUUCUUCUCUUUCUCUCUACAUUUCCCUCUCUCCUGUAUCUCAUACAGUCUGUUACUGCAUUACAGUGACUUAUAUACUCUAAAAAAAAAAAAAGCCUGCCUGUUUUUAUUACAUGCGUGGAAAUGCAGAGUCAAAACUAUCAAUAUCUGGGAAAAAAAAUAAUAAAAAUAACAACUAUGUUGCGAUGAAAACUAACCUUAACUGCAAAUAUUUGUAAGAGGAACAUUUCUUUUUCUUUCUUUUUCUUUUUUCCCUUUCGGUUUUUUAGGUACUUAUGAGAGAUUUUCUCUCAUCAGUGUCUCAGUGUGUUACUGUCAGUGUUAACAGUUUACAGUGUCUGUUGGUUUGUCAGUCCAGGAGUCCAUACAUCUAAUUUUACAACUUCUAUUUUGAGGUUUUGGAUGUUAUUUCUUUACUUUUUUUUGUGCGCCACAUUAAAUGUGGCCAUUUUCCUCCCCACUUUGUCGGCCCUCUGCUCCCAAACACUAAACUGUAGCAAAACCUUGCUCGAACGCAGCUUCGAAAAGGUCUCAGAAUGUUUGGUGGAGUUGUCCUCGAGUAUCACUGCCCGGGCCGGCGCAUGUGGACCGCUGUGGUCUUCCUUCCAACUGGCCCCCGCUGAACAUGAAGCUAGACUCUGCCAUUUUUCUCCCCGCAGCAGACUGCUUGUCUUGGCGAGGCCACCUGGCUCCAAAUUCAUUGAGUAGUGACAUCAUGACUUCCUCUAAGAUGCUGGCAUGGCCGCUGUUUCGGGGAGGUGAAAAUACUUUCUUGCUUUCCACUACGGGGCCAAACAGGACAUGCAUUAUGACAAACUUCCAAAAAAAAACCCUCUCGGUUAUUGUUUCUUUUUCUCUGUGUGUGUUAUUGCAAGCAGGAAUCAUUCGCCAGCUUAGCAAAAGGUUCCCAUAAAUGAACAGUGUUUUAUUAAGGUUGGGAGUUCGCCUUGGCGUUGGCAAGCUCCACUUGGCCCGGUCGUGGAAAUUGAUUGCAAUCUAACUAAGAGGCUCUGGGCUCCAGACUGUACGCAUGCCAAGGUUUGGCUUGGUGGGCAGAGUGCCCGAGCCGGAGUCUGGGCUGCACUAACACGGAAGAAAGUCAUUUAGCAACGUAAAUGUCCUCUUCUCUUUUUUUAUUCCCCUCCCUCCGCUCCACUCGUCCAUUUCUUUUCAUUCUUUAAUCAAUCAUCGCGUCUGCGUCCUGAUCCACCUUCACCCGCUCUCUCCUCUCCUCAUCACUCCUUCCCCCUCGUCUCCCUCUCGUCCAUCUCUGAUCGAUGUCCGAUUCUCCUUGCUGGUCUCUCUCUCAUUCAGGAGUCCAUAGACGUACAGUAGAAGUAGCGUCUCUUGGUUUGCUGGCGUGCGCUGGUGGCUCUCUGCAGCACUUUUCGGGGGUGUUUUUGGAGAGGAAUCCAUUUGCUGUUGUCAGUCUACCCUGUAGACAGUUAUGUCUGUGAUAGUUUUUGUACACCCCUUUUUGGGAACGUUCAGGGAUUGUGCUUUUCGUACCUUUCCCCGCAUUGUUGUUAACUCCAACCUAGCUAGCUGCUUUGAAAGCAAGUGGCCCGGCUAGUGUGUCUAUAAGCUAGCUAUACUACAAAGGGUAACGUGACCUGAAGAAGGGUCAGCUGUUUUUUUUUGUUUGUUUGUUUUUUUCUUCCUAGAGCUCUCGCUUGGAAAUUAAGGUGCCGCUGCAGUAAACUGGGUUUAAACAGCGUUCUGUUGGAGACGUGGAGCAGAAAACUUCAAACAAACCUCUGUUUAUCCCAUGUUUGCUCUGCAAUACUCUCAUAGUGUUCGUGUCUGCAGACCAGAGGACGGGCUUUGUCUCACAGAGCUUAUUGUCCACUUUGAAGAGUAACCCUUGAUUUGUAUUUAACCCCAGUUAAUUCUGCUCUGUGAAUGGAGAAAGGAAUACCUGCCUCAUACUCAACAAAGUGUAGUGUCUCUUAAAAACUAAUGGACCUGUAUUUGCCUGUAAUUUAUCGUCCUGUCUUUCGUCUUAGUUAAUGUGCUAGCAUGUAGCUUGCAUGAGAAACGGUUGGAAAUGUAGAUAGCGUAGGAGAUAAGAAGUGCCGACAAGCAUCUCUCCUGAGACAAGAGUGGCGGCCUGCCUGACCCUGCUGUUCUCUGAUCUGCAAACAUACGCCAUGUCCCAGUUAUAAAGCCGUCUGUACCUCCUCGACACAGCAGUCCUCAGGAUAAUGCUGAAAAAAUGGAUGAAGUAGGACUUACUUUCCCCGCCGCUGCUGCGUUAAACCAAUGUAGGGGUACAGUGGCAUUGAAGUGGGACGUGCAGUCAGUCUAAUUCAUAUUUCAUUGCAUCAGUGCAGUAAUGACUAGCUGUCACCAGAUGCCAGCAAACAGCAGCUUUUCCUCGCCCUCUUCAGUCACACCGAGCUGUCCUGCCCCACCACUUGACUCUCACCAACUCCUCUUCUGGCAGUCGCACACUAGCUGCCAGUCAUCUCUUUAUUUUUGUAGUAUGAGCAAAUUGAUUUUUAAAUUAUGUUUUGUAAAAGGUGUGCAUAAUCUUCAGCGUAUUACUUUAAGUUCAACUGAUCUUUUUUUUUUUUUUUAAUUAGAUUUUCCAAAACUUGGAGGUUAGAAUUUUUUUUUUUUUUUUUUUUUUGGGCAUUUUAUUGUUUCAACAACCAUUUUUCUAUAAUUUCAUGUAUAUAGUGUUGCCUUUACUGGAUACUCUUACAAGCGCACCCAUACACACUUUGCACACACACUUUGGGUACAUGCACAUCCACACACAUAUCUGGAUAUGCACGGCAGGCAUGACGUCUGUGGCUAUGGUGUGUUUAUAUGUGUGUGUAUGUGUGUUUGUGUAUGAGUGUGAGGUGUGUAUUAAUUGACCCAAACAGACUCCGGAGACACUCUUUAUUACGUGUGUUGCAUUCACAAAAUUGAUAUGAUUUCGACGACUAAAACAACGUCUUUGUUUUUUCAGACUUAUUAUUUUGGAUGAAAAGUCUUCCUUUUGAAUAAAAUCCAUAUCACAUGAGAAUAGUGCUGUCAUGUAUGUUAAUUUGUACUAUGGCUGAUGAUGUCAUCAAGGCGAGACCCAACCGCAUGCUGUGGUGGGUUUGUGUCUGUUGGAUGUUCACACAGUAUUUGUUUUAUUUGUUUCGGGUUUUUUUGGUUAAAAUACCAGUUCAGUUGUUGACUUCAAUAAACAUGCAUUUGGGUUAAUUUCA